AUGUAUUACUUCCCCAUUACACCACGUUUGCAAAGACUUUAUGCAUCGUGUGUUACAGCUAAGUAUAUGACUUGGCACAAUGACCAUGCAACUGAGGAUGGGGUGAUGCGUCACUGUUCAGAUGCUCCUGCUUGGAAGCAUUUCAACCAAACUCAUCCAACCUUCGUACUGGAGGCCCGAAAUGUCAAACUCGGCCUUUGCACUGAUGGAUUUCAACCAUUCGAUCAAUCUGGACAACAGUAUUCUUCAUGGCCAGUAAUACUAACUCCAUACAAUUUGCCACUAGGUAUGUGUAUGAAAGAUGAGUACAUGUUCCUGACAAUUAUCAUACCUGGUCCCAAGAAUCCGAAAGAGAAGCUUGAUGUCUACAUGCAGCCAUUAGUGCAAGAAUUGAAAGAACUUUGGGCAAUUGGUGUGAAUACUUACGAUGCUUUCCAGCAGAACAAUUUUACUUUGCGUGUUGCUUUAAUUUGGACUAUUAGUGACUUCCCUGCUUAUUCAAUGCUCUCAGGGUGGAGCACAGCAGAACGCACUGCAUGUCCCUACUACAUUGACAGUCAUGAAAUAAAUGGUCGGCUUUCAAAGAGAACUGGUUGGCGUAAGCGGAGCAUAUUAUGGGAUUUGCCAUAUUGGUCUUCAAAUAUGAUUCGCCACAAUCUUGAUGUAAUGCACAUUGAAAAAAAUGUAUUUGAAAAUAUUUUUAAUACAGUGAUGAAUGUGGAGGGGAAGACAAAAGACAAUAUAAAAUCAAGGGAAGAUUUAAAUGAAAUAUGCAAGAGACCAGAAUUGAAGAAAGAUCCAAUUAGCGGAAAAUAUCCAAAAGCAUGUUAUUGUUUGGACAACCAAUCAAAGAUGAUACUGUGUGAUUGGCUUAAAACACUAAAAUUUCCUGACGGAUAUGUUUCCAAUCUAGGGAGAUGUGUUGAUAGUCGAAAGCUUAGACUUUUUGGUAUGAAAAGCCACGACUGUCAUGUUUUCAUGCAACGAAUUCUUCCUAUAGCUCUCAGAGAGUUCUUACCAAAUAAUGUUUGGCAACCAAUAACAGAGCUUAGCAAUUUCUUUAGAGAACUCACCUCAACUACACUUACUAAUUGGGACAUGCAACGGUUAAAUGAACAAAUUCCUGUGAUCCUUUGUAAGCUUGAACGAGUUUUUCCUCCAAGUCUGUUUGAUUCAAUGGAACAUUUACUAGUAGACCUUGCAUAUGAGGCAUUAAUUGAAGGACCAGUACAAUAUCGGUGGAUGUACCCAUUUGAGAGAUACCUGAGAAAGUUAAAGAACAAUGUCAAAAAUAAAGCAAGGGUUGAAGGUUCAAUAUGCAAUGCUUACUUGGUAGAAGAAGUAGGUGCAUUUUCUGCUCAUUAUUUUGAAGCACAUGUAAUGACCAAACAGCGAAAGGUUCCAUGCAACUUGCAUGAAUUUGUUUCUGAUGAUGACGUACCGGGUAAAUUAAGCAUAUUCAAAUGCACAGGUGGAACUAUCGGAAAAGGAAAAUCCAGAUAUAUGACUGAAGAUAAAAUCCAAGCUGCUCAAACAUAUAUUCUAUUAAAUUGUCCAGAGGUGAAAACAUAUAUUGACAUUUAUGUAGAGCGAGUAAAGUCGGCACAACCAAAUAUCACAGAUGCAGCUGUUGAUGAAAAACUAGAGAGAGAGUUUGUCCAAUGGUUUUACAAGUAUGCCCAUGAAUUGCAGAACAAUGUAGAAAAUCAGCUUAUACAAGAUCUGGCAAAGGGACCACUCAGAAGUGUCACCACUUUUAAUGGGUAUUGUGUUAAUGGAUGUAAAUUCAACGCAAUCAAUGGAAGUUCAAGUAGUAACUCAAUGAAUUUUGGUAUAUGUAUAAAAGGGAGUAAUUACAGUUCUGAAGAAAGUGACUACUAUGGACAGUUGGUCGAGGUGUUGCGAUUGGAGUAUCUAGGGCUACAAAUUAAGCGAACUGUACUUUUCAAAUGUGACUGGUUUGAUCCAACACUAAAUACGGGCACCAAGGUGCAUAGACAGUAUAGAAUUGUUGAUAUUAACAAUAAGCGUAGAUACACUAAGUACGAGCCAUUUGUAUUGGCCUCUCAGGCAACACAAGUCGUUUAUGCUUCAUACCCGAGCAAGCGUCGUGACAAAAAUGAUUGGUGGGCUGUGAUGAAAGUUAAAGGUAGACCCGUUGUUGAAGUAUCUCAAACAUCUUCAAAGAUAUAUGAACCUUUUCAAGAAGAUGACCUAGAUUAUGCUGAAGUAAAUAUGGAUGAUAUUAAUCAACAACACUGCCUGAAUGAUCCUAGCGGAGGAAUGACUGAGAUUCAUGAUGACGUUUCGACAGAGGAAGACGAAUUCCUUAGUGACCCUGAUUUUGAUGCAGAUGCAGAUGGUGAUAAUGAGUUCAAUUCAUAUGAAUCAAACUAA